AUGUCCGCAAACCAGCCGCUCGAGGAGCGCGUCGAGAAACCCGAGGUCGAGGUCUCCAAGGCGACCGUCCGCAAGGUCAAUGUGCUCGACCACAAAUUCCACGAGGCCUCGCUUCGCAUCCAGGCCCGCCAGAUCCUCACCCUGCGCCCCCUGACCGACGAGCUCCACGCGCUCGUCCGCGACUCCGAGCUGCAGAAGGACUUCUGGUCGCGCGUCAUGCAGACCAGCCGCCGGUUGGAGGAAUACGUCACGGCCGUCGACGCCGACAUGCUCUCGUACACGACCAACGUCAGCCUGGACUUCUUCGAUGUCAACGACCAGGGCGAGGGCGACCCGCGCAACUUCAAGCUGGUCCUCGACUUCGCGCCCAACCCGUACUUCUCCAACACGCAGGUCACCAAGCCGUUCUACUGGCGCAAGAAGCAGAUCACCACCGCCAAGGGCAAGACGCGGUUUGUCGAGGGCUACGCGUCCGAGCCCCUGGAUUUCGACUGGAAGGAGAACCGCGACCCCUCGCGCGGCCUGAUCGCCGCCGCCAACGAGCUGUACAAGGCCGAGCUGGCCAACAAGGAUAAGAAGCGCACCGACCUGCCCCAGUACAAGAAGCUUGGCGAGCUCCUCGCCAGCCAGGCCGAGGCUGCGGACCUCGACAUCGACGAGGACGAGGCGCAGGAUCUGUCGGCUCUCAGCCCGGCCGGCGUCUCCUUCUUUGCCUUCUUUGCGUUCCGCGGGCUCGACGUCACGGCCGAGCAGUCGGCUGCCGCUGUCAAGGCGGACGAGGAGCGGUUCCAGAAGAUGGCCAAUGGGGAGGACGUCGAUGAUGAGGAUGAUGAUGACGAGGACGAUGACGACGACGAAGUCGAUGACCUCGACGAUGUCGAAGUCUUCCAGGACGGCGAGGAGGUCGCCCAGAUCUUUGCCGAGGAUAUCUGGCCCAACGCCCUCAAGCUCUAUACCCAAAGCUUCGAGGAGCCGCUCGGCUUCGACGACAGCGACGUCGAAUUCGAUAUCGAGGAGGACGAGGAGGACGAUGAAGAGGAGGGCGGCAACGACCGGCCCCGCAAGAAGGCGCGUCUUCCCCCCAACCCGCUCCGCCAACGUAUCCACCUCCCCAAUCAUGACCGCCUGCUCCUCCAGCUCGCGCCCCAUGUCAUUCGCCUGCUGCCGCAGCGUGCCCACCGUGCGGAACACCCCGUCCAGCUGCUCGUCCUGCUCGUGCAUCAACUCCACCUGCCGCUGCUGCUCCAUCGACGCAUAGUAAUCCUCGUCCUCGCCGUCGCCGUCGCGCCCCGCCGCCGCCGCCGUCCCGACGUUAUCAAACUCCGCCGGGUUGGGCAGCCCGCCCGCGGCGUCCGCCGCCGUCACGGCCUUCUGCAGCUCCUGCCGCAUGUCCUCGAUCUCGCCGCCGACAUCGUCGACCAGCUUGCGCCGCCGCUGCACCUCCUGCAGCUCCAGGCCGUAGCGGUAAGGGUCUUGUUCGAUGGCGCGCACGCUCUGCACGAGGUCGUCGAGGUCUGCGCUGAGGUCGGUGAGCGUCGACUCGAGCUCCGAGCGCGACUGCUGCAGUUCCGGGUUGUCGGGGGUUUUGGCGAGCGAGCGGAUGCGUAG